AUGGCGGCUUACGACCCGACUUUGGAUGACCAGUAUGACUGGGAACUUAAGUCGGCUGGAAAAGAGCAGCCGGUGUCAUCGCAAGUUCCGGUGGCAGUGAAUGCCCCGCUGACGCUGAAUCACGCACCUCCUGUUGCCCCUCCUGCACCUCAGUCAUCGCUGCCUACCUUCACCUUGUUCAGUAAGACUAAGGAGGAGCCUGCGAAUAUUUUCGCCCGAAAGGGCGGUGAUCCGCUUUUUAACAGCUAA